CUCUGCGUGCCGGUGACUCUGUGAUGGUGGCCCCGGUGAAAGAGUCAUGUGAGCAGAUGUCUCAUGAUGCUCGCUGGCCCCCCGCUGUCAGUUGGACUGCCCAAUCAGCUGUCACUCAGGCCAGCUUCCAAUUCUCUCCACCUCUCUUUUUCUCACUAGCUCUCUCAUUUACUCUCUCUUUAUCUCUCGCAUGAAAUUCAGCGCUGGCCAGCAUUUCACUCUCAUCCCUCCCUCCCUCUUUCGUUCUCUCUUUCCCCUCUUCCCCCCUCCCUUUCUGUCUUUCUCUUUUCCCUCCUUCCCUCUCUAUCUGGCUGUGUUGUAGCCUGGAGGGAGUUCAUUCUGCCCUCCUCCUCUCCUCCUCCUCUCCUCCUCCUCUCUGUGUCGGCUCUGAGUGAGAGGAAGAAAAAAGAGAGAGAGAGAGAGAGACUGAGAGCCGCAGGCAGCGGGCGGAGGAAGAAACCAAGCUCUACUCUGAUCAUCUGUCUUGGGAUGGAGGGAUAAAAGACAAUCCCAGGUAUCAUUCUAUCGUUCUUUUCCUCCGCAGGAUUACUCCUCUUUUACCGUCGUCUAUUUUAUCCUCCCUGAGCUCCGACACUUCUGGACUGCUUCUUUCUUCAGCUACUGGUCUGUGUGCCCCGAGUGUGUGUGUGUGUGUGUGUGUGUGGCGUUAGUGUGUGUGUGUCACCUCCCGCUGUGCGGAGAGGAAGAGGGAGUGUGUGACCCAGCCCAGGGGGUCAAGGGAGAGAGCGAGGGGGUCGUGAGCGGGGGCGUGCCCAGGGACUGCUCUCCGUCUGUGUGUGUGUGACAGUGUGUGUGUGACUCUGCGUGUGUGUGUCCUAGCCGGCUGGGCGGUCCCAGCAUCACGCUCCGUUAGCAAGGACCAGAGAGUCGGGAUGACAGGCUGAGUCCCAGCCCAGCCUCCCCACACACAGAGCCUCCUCGCUGGGUGGCACCGAGGGCACAGCCCCCCUCUACCACCACACUCCUCCAGGACAGAACUGCUGCCCUGAUCUCUGUACUACAUUCUCUUCUACCUACGUGACUCUAACCAUGUUUGGACUAAAAGCACCGCUCUACUACUUGCCAGGCAUGAGCCAUGAGCCAAAGUCACCUUCCUUAGGAAUGAUAUCCACUGCAACUCGCACCACGGCGACGGUCAGCCCCCUCACCCCGUCGCCCCUCAACGGAUCUAUCGUAGCCAAUGGGAGCCCGGCGGCCCAGUCCGCACACUCCGGAUUCGCCGCCGCCCUCCGUAAACUGGCCAAACAGGCCGAGGAUCCUCGAG